AUGGCUUCCGAGACGGUCACAUCGGCGCCCGCCAUCGACUGGAAGGAUUUCGAUGACAAGCACGUCUUUGACGAGACUCACACCAAGGCUGUAGCCGGAGAAUGCGAGAACUUUGUACUCGAGUUUGGUCCAAACAAUGCGCGGGUCGUUCGAGAUCUCAAGCAGGACCAUUUCAAGGCCAUGUUGGGCGGGCACCAGAGAGAUGCAAAGUACCCAAUCCGAUGGAUCAAUAUUUGGGAAACCAGUAGAUCCAAGGACAUUGUGGAAGUCAUCGGAGAUAAAUAUGCCUUCUCCAAGAGGUUGAAAUCGUUAAUGAAGAAUGAUAAAUACGAGCAAGAAGUCACCAAGCAAGGCCGAAAGAAGAAGUCUGCUGCUUCAGGCAACAAGAACCCAUCCACCUUGAAUCUGGAAGGUCCUGUGGUUCAAGGAAAGCAAGACGCCUCACCUCUUCCACAGGGCGAAGAAAUUGAACUCUUCCUUCUACUCAAGAAUACUGUCAACUACUUCUCCAUCGACCAUACAGAAAAAGGCACGUACUACUCCACAAACUUCCUGCCGCCCAAGCACUGGCUCUGGCUAGUCUUGUGCGAUGAUCAUACCGUCAUUACAUUGAACGAAAGCCCUGACCUCGAAGCUGCGCCAAAGGAACUCGACGCAGGAAGGUGGAAACAAGAUCAGUUGAGGAAUAUGCGGCAAAAUUCACUCGAUGUUUUGAUACAACAGUCAACACAUGGCAUGAGCUUGUACGAGAAUCUGCCACUCUCUCAAAACUCAAUCAGGCAAGCAUGGUCCGAUGCCUUGCAACGUUCGGGCAAGGCCGAGCUCGGUAGAGUCAACUCGGACUUUGCCCCGAUAGAAUCCAAUCCAACUUCAACUCCGGAGGACGAUGCCACAAGCAGCCUCUUCUAUUACCUGUUUGAAGACUAUUCCGCUGCCGGUCCGCUCAAGGAAGCGGGUAGAAUAUUGGAAGACCUUAGCCCAAAAGUUCUUGGCAGCGCCGAGCGCAAGAGCCGUGUCAAGAGCCGCGACAUUAUCAAGCCUCUUCAUCUCCUCAGCAAGGAUUUGCGCACUCUCAAGCACCUCUUUGAGAACUACAUGAUUGUCAUUGGCAAGAUCAUAACCGCCACGAGAAGACCAGGCAGUGCACCGUCGCUUGACCACUUGGGCACCUCGAUCCUGAUAAACUCCGAAUCGAAUCUUUCCGAGUCCAUGCUCAUGGGAGCCGACCCCCAACGCAAGGUCUUUCUGACGGCUUCGGCGCUGCAACGGUUUGACCGUCUCCGGGACCGCCUAAAGGGCGUCAUGCUCAAUACCAUUGAAGGGCACUUUGAGGAGAUUAAUGCGCUCCAGGGUACUUACUUUAACCUGACGCAGCAAAAAGACUCAACGGCUACGGCGCGUCUAACGCGCAGCGCCACCCUGCUCGCCAAGCUCAGCGUCUUUUUCCUGCCCGUCGGCUUCAUCACGGCCUUCUUCUCCAUCCAGAUUGAGGACAUGUACAUUCAGUGGACGGCAUCGACGUACUGGAUCACCUUUGGCAUCACCAUUGGCGUCUCUUUUCUGAGCCUGACCUUUUUCGGCCGCAUGCUCAUGUUCUUUAGCGACGUGCUCGAUGAGUGGUCCGACGCCUUUUCUGGUAGGAUACGCUCUGUCUGGGGUGGCGGCAACGAUGACGACGAUGAUGAAUGA